AUGCCGCGGGAAACUCGAACAGUCAGAGGCAGCUGCGCGUGCAGCGCCACCAGGCACGAAAUCGCUUUACCAGAGGCCGCAAUCCCCAUCCAGGCGGCCUUCUGCCACUGCACGUCGUGCCGACGGAUGAGCGGCGCUCUCUGCGUGACCAGCUUCCCGGUCUCAGUGCCACUGGAGGAAGAAGAGUGCCAUUAUCGACUGCCAGCAACGCUGCUGGAGAAGUUGACCCCGUUUGAGUUCUCCAGGGGACGGAUCACGCACUUCUUCUGCGCUGCAUGCGGGACGCACAUGGUGGCCCGUGUGCUCCCCAGGGAACGACGGGACGGGAGUGUGGCGAGGUGGUUCGUCAUGUGCGGCACGCUCGAGAGCGCCGGCGCCGGAGACGCAGACGCAGACGUCCAGGGCGUCUACCGCCCGCGCCACGAGUACCUCGCCGACACGCUCGACGGGGCCGUCGCGGACAUGCUGCCCUCGUGCGCGCAGAGCGGGCGGAUCGAGCGCUGGGCCGGCCAUCCAGGCGAGGGCGAACAGCUAGCAUUGCAUUGGGUGUCCCCGGGCCGACCACCGUCUUCUACGCCGUCCCUGGCCGAUCGACUACACGCGCAUUGUAAGUGCGGCGGGGUCGAGUUCUGGAUCGCCCGUCCCGCGGACGGCAGAUCCAAGUACGUCGCGACACUCUGCGCAUGCGAGCACGACUCUUCCCCCUCCCCUUCCCCCUCCCCUUCCCCCUCCCCCUCCUCCUGCUGCCGCUGCCGUCUGAACACCGGGAUGGAGUGGUUCGUCGAGGCGGCGGCGCAUGUCCGCGCGAGUCAAAUCUCUCUGGACAAGGACGGCCUCGUCCCCUAUCAGCAACACCGGGAUUUGGGUACGUUGAAGACUUACCACCGUCCGUCCUCCAGCACCGCCAAGGGGUUUUGCGGCGUCUGUGGCGCGACCGUCUUCCUUGCCACCGAGGGGACGGACACGUUGAAGAUCGCCGUGGGAAUACUGGACGCCGCCGAGGGUGCGAGGGCAGAGUCCUGGCUGGAUUGGCGUCGGGGAAUCCUGCCGCGAGCGAUAGCUUGUGCUUCUACGAUAGACGAGGUGUCUGUUACUUAA